GCUUUCGUUCAACCGGGGACGCGCUGAAGUUACUACAGAAUCGAUAAAGAGUCCAGGAUGGAAGCCAGUCAUAAACAGCUUAUUUAUCUUCGCAAUAAUCGUUCACCACAAGCGCUUGUAACGUGCGACAGAUCACACUGGGACUUCAACUGCAGAUGAUCAAUGUUGGACGGAUGGUAUUGCCGAUCUAUUGGAAACAACAAUGCAGAUCCCGAAGGAGAGGACGAUGAAGAUAGUCCUGAAGAAGAAGUGCCUAACUACAAAGACCAGUAUCGCAAUCUCAAGCGGAAGUUAAAGUUCCUGAUUUAUGAGAAUGAGUGUUUUCAAGAAGCCCUGCGCUCUACACAGAGGAAGCUACUCAAGGUAAACAGAGACAAGAGUUUCCUGUUGGAUCGUCUUCUGCAAUAUGAGAAGGUGGACGCAUCUUUCAGUGAGAGCGAUGAGACCGAAUCAUCUGAUGAGGAAGUUGUUCGUCUUGAUAAUUCCAAGAGGAAAAAAGUUGAAAUAAAUGUCAAUAAUCAUACUCCUCAUCAUCCAUCAGUGGUUACAAAGCCACUUAGUACCAGUAAGAAGAAAAAGAGUACACCAAAAGUUGCUAAAACAAACAGCACACCUAUAGUACAAUCUGCAAAUAAUAUGGUUCCGAUAUCCUUAAUGUCUGAUGGACAUAUGACACCAGAGGAAGUAGAGAGACAUUUAGAAUCUCGUCAGACUUACUUGGAACUAGUACCAGAAAAAGCACCACCUACUGUUCCAACUGAAAUGUUCAGUAAUGAUCCUUCUUUGGAUAGGUCAAAUAUGUCUAGCGAAUCGAAUGAGAUCGGAGAAUUGGAGACCUCGCCGAGUAAUAUGGGAGAAGAUUGCCUCAGCGUAGACAUGAUGGCGGAGUGACGAACAUUCGUUUAUAGCUUACUCAUCAAUUAUUACGAUGUGCACAUAGUUAAACGUCUCUUUAAGAUUAUUUCACGCGACUAACAACUGUAUCCACUAUAAUAACGUAAUACAAAUUUUUAUACAUUCAACAAUAAACAAAAGACCCACAAAAAAUUCCUAAAAUAUCCUCUUUUUCAAGGGGAUACCUGUGAAUUGUGACGCGUCUGUCGUAUGUUUCGUGCAAUCAUAUGUUUUUUGGUGAAGAUACAUCACAUAAAUUUAUUUUCACAAUGAUUGCGGGAAAUAGUUCAAUCGCCGAUAUUUUAAACGACAUUAUCUCAAAAAUAGAGAUUGAGUUAGAACAGGAAAAUUUGCCGUCUUAUGCGAGCCAUUUGAAGUUCCAGGAUGUCACGGUGUCAGACAAAAAGAU